AUCAUCGGCUGGCGAGCGAAACAGUAACAAUAACAAAAACUUGGACCUCUCUGAUAACCGUGAUUACCUGGUAAAUGCGCCAUAAGGGAGAAUUUCACGUUGUUGCCGUUCUGCAGUUUGUCUUCAACUCAAUCGAUAGGUAGCGAUGGAUCCGGAUAGUGAUGAAAGUGAUGACUCUCAGCUAAUUGAUGAUGAUGAUGUUGUCAGUUCUCACAGCAAUGAUUCCAGCGACGGUCAAAACGCGUUUGCAGACAUGGACGAGAUUGUGGGAAACGUGCAAGUCUCCAGCGACGCCAAGGCGUUCGACAUCAACGUAGCCGGCCGACAUGAGUAUUUGGGCAACAACCUGGACGCCGUGUCCGGCUUCACCUUUUACGAGGAGAACUCGGUGCAGAAGAUCCCGGUGAUGAAGCACCAGACAGUCUCUUUUCCCGGACAGAAAAUGCCGUUCAACCUGAUCCAUCAGUCGCUGAUCGCGAUGGUGAUGUCCGUGAUGGAGGGCGACAAGACAUUUGGCCUGGUGGCAGACCUCGACCACUACAACGAGAGCGUCAAAGGUUGCAUCGGGGUGACCUUUCAGGUGAUGAACUGCUCGCCCGUCGUCCAAGGACGCUGCAAGCUCACCGGCAUGUGCAGGCAGCGAUUUAAAAUCAUCGAAGCCACCAAGAUUAAUGAGCAUGUACUGAACGCGACUGUGAUGAUCCUGUCUGAUAAGCUGAUUGUCCCAUUCUACGCGUCCAUGGUGUCCAACUCGAGGGACAGAACCAAAUGUUCUUCAAGAAGGAAACUCAACGCUUCCAUCAGGACACCCUGGCCAACUUUUGUUUAUGAGCAGUACAGUGCAGAUAAACUAGUUGAGAGCAUACACGCCCAAUUAAUGGAACUGUGUCACGGCCGGGAGGAGCAGACGAAAGCCCCUUUGGAUCCACUAACCCUUUCCUAUUGGGUGGCCCAGAACUUGCCCCUGGUUGACCAGCAACGCACUUUCCUCCUUAAUCUCGACUGUCCAGUGCAAAGACUGCGAUGGGAGCUCCAUUUCAUGGCUAAAUGCUCGAGAAUAUGCUGUUGCACGUGCGGCAUGGAAGUGUCAAACACGAGUUCGGUUUUCUCGAUGAACACCGACGGCCCGCAAGGCGCCUACGUCAACCCUGACGGCUACAUGCACGACACCCUGACCGUGCAUUCGGCAGCGAACCUGUUGACCCGCGACCUUCCCACAGAUCGAUUCUCCUGGUUCCCAGGCUACAAGUGGGUUUGCGUGUAUUGCCACUCGUGCCUGGCGCACAUCGGCUGGCGCUUCGACAGCGCCGGCGACUGUUUGCCCCCGUGCUUCUGGGGCCUCACCCGCAAGGCGCUGAUCACCAUGCCGGGCCACGACGUUGACAUAGAAUCCGGAUCCGAGCUGCGACCCAUUAUUUAAACACCGAAUUUUGGUAGGAAAUUCUGCAAAAGACUGAUUUGGCAUCAAUUAAAAAGAGAUGGUCAUUUCGAAAGGUGGUUUUGUAUAAACCCAAAUGUUCUGCGCUGUAUACACCUUUUUAUUUGAUUAAAUUUAAAAUAUAAAUCCAUUUUAAAAUGUGAAUAUGUAGCUCUGUGUGUGUGUGUGUGUGUGUAAAUU